AUGCACACGACCGCUCAUCUGGAUAGUCUAGAGCUGGAAGAGACGGCACCCGGACAGAAACGCUCGGCGGCCAGCAUGAUCUUCCGCAUCGAGCAACUGCUGCCCAGCUCCAGCCUAUCGCCGACCACAACCAACACCACAUCGCCAGUGACCACGCUGACGCCCACGACGAGUACUCAAAACCCGGUCAAGCGGGUGCGGGGCAAUCCACGUCCUGGCGUCUACACCUCGCAGUACACUCCGAAGGACACCUGCUCGAGUUCCGUGCCCACGCAAGCCCUCCUCAGUUCCACAGCAACACCCACCGACGGCACCCGAGCCUACUGCCAGGUGUCCAACGGGGAACUGAUCAUGUCCGCCACCUUGUUGCGCCAGAUCAAGCUUUCCGAAGAUGUCUACAGCUUCAAUGCGAUCUUCGAGCUCCAUGGCGGACAAGUGCGGCUGCGACUUGUGCGGGAUGUAGCGCGGGAAGAUGAGAUUGUGGCCUGGUUCGGAGAAGAGCUGGUGCUGCUCAUGGGCAUACCCUUCCUCACGCCACUAAACAUACAAGGAAACAGUCGCUACACAUGUCACCUGUGCCAUCUCACCUUUGAGACCCCACAUCCCUUGAAGAUCCACCUGGCUCUCGGCUGUGGGCGCAGUGCCAUGGACAUACUCUGGAUGCGCUUGCACUACGCCCUGAAAGCGGCUGUCCGAAGUCACCAAAGAACUGCCACUCACCUGUCGCCUACUCCAGCGGCUUCCUCCACAUCCUCGGCCUCGCCCACCCACUCGCCUCCGCUGCAGAUUCCUCCCCGUUUCUCCGCCUUUCGCCCGAUCACGGCCAUGCAGACACUGAGACCUCUGGCCACGGCCACCGCGGCGGCUUCUGGCGCGCUUUCCUACUUACCCUCCAUAUCGAUGGCAGCCGCACCCUUGGGAGCGCAUCCCAUGAAUGCGGCAGCGCAGAUCGAAGCCAUUGUCAGCAACAUGGGGGCCUCCAAGCAGGGACACUUGUGCAUCUACUGCGGCAAGGUAUACUCCCGCAAGUAUGGCCUGAAGAUCCACAUCCGCACUCACACCGGAUUCAAGCCGCUCAAGUGCAAGUUCUGCCUGCGCCCCUUCGGCGAUCCGAGCAACCUUAACAAGCAUGUGCGUCUUCAUCUCCAGACCCAGCCCAGUUCAGUGGGUGGAGGAGGAGGAGAGGGCGGCGGUGGCAGCAGCGAUGUCGACAUCGAAGGCGAAUCGGAGGCGGGAUAUCAGUGUCGCAUCUGCCACAAGUCCCUGGCCCGACGCCGCGAUCUUCAGAGGCACAUGGAGACACGACAUGGCGGCUCCACUAUUGUACAUGCCACCACCAGCACCACCACACUGACCAUGGCCACGGUGAGUGCUUCAAGAGCAACCACAUCCACCUCCAAGUCGAACUGA